AUGCUUACUCAAAUGGCAUACUCCAUGGUGGAGUCCCUAAUAGAAGAGGCCCCACCACCACACCCUCCAGUCCCAAAAUGCAAAGGCAAAAAAGGAAUAAUCUUUAAAAUACAACGAUGUUACAGUGAAAAUUUCAAAAUUCGUGCAAGAAUCGAGAGAAUUUUCGUUGAAUGUGGUGGUGACUCACUUGUGUGGUGCGUGCUAAAAAUAUGUGCAGAAACACGAGUUUUCUGCAUCAACCUCAAACCACCAAUUAUUGCCGAAUCAAGGAAGACGGAAAUAACACGGGAAAAUCUAGUAGAAGUUGAAAGGUCAGCUGAUUGA